AUGCCACUAAAAGCUGUUUUACCUGCUGAAUAUACUGAAGGAGGAACACCAAUCAAGCAUGGAGUAUUACGUCGAUUAAAUCCAAUCAUCUUCUUGUCCAUUUGUUGCACAAUGCUCAUUCUGAUCAUUGUUGCAGCAUUGUUUCUUUUGACAUUUCUACCAAUAUUUACUUCAGCUAAAGGAAAUCAAACAAAAUAUCAAGUUCAAAGUGAUGUUCUCACUCUGGUUUAUAAUCUACCAGAUCGAUUAUCUAUAUUAACAAUGAAUUGGACGUAUGUAACAGAUGAUUUAGAAUCAGACAAAUUAUGGAUUCUUCAAAAUUUGGCAAAUUCGUCUGCUUCUCUUGACAGUGUUAAUGAUAAAGUUAUUGUUUUAACUCAACCAGAUAGUAGUAUAAAAAGUAAUUCUACGCCACCACAAUUAACUAUGUCAUUGAUGCUGCGUUAUGCAUUGGAAUGUGCUAAGAGAUGUCAAAAGAAUAUGAAAGAAUCAAUUUUUUCAAAAACAUUUUAUCGUUUAGAAUUACCAAUUGACACUUUUCGAACAUUAUUCAUAGAAGAAAUGGAUACUUCAAUAAGUAAAUCUCUUUCAAGUUCUACAUGGUCAUAUACCGAAUCAACAAUACUUAUGCCCUGUAUUGUAAACGUUCCUUCAUCCAUGCCAGUAUCAUCAAUACUUAUGGCUAUCAAUUAUGAAGCUGAAUCAUCAUUGAAUACGUUUAUUUCGACAACAAUUCAAUUAUGUUCAGUUUGUUCAGGAGCACAAAACGUUGGUAAUAUUGGUUUUAAUAAUGAACUUAUUUUUCAACAAAUUAUUAGUCAACAUGGAGGUUCAACAAUAGUUAUUAUUUAUUAUGUAACUGAUCGUAUACGAUCUGCUGAAAUAAUGGUAAAUGAUUUAUAUCCUUCAAUUAAUGUUACAUUUCCGAUGAUGUUGCCAAAUCAAAAUAUUGCUUCAUUACCUAUUGCACUUAAUCUAUGUCAAGGAUUUAAUUCAAUUCGUAUUUAUAAUUCAAAUGAUUAUACACCGGCUGUCGACCGCAUUGUUGUGUAUUGA